AUGCAGAAAGGCAUCAGAUUCAACGAAAGCCAACUUCUGUACCUGGCCAACAAGGCGAAGCAGGAGAACACUAUCUCUGGCCACCUGUACAAGAAGUCCUCUGACCUGGGCAAAUGGCAGCUCCGAUGGUUCGUGCUGUACCAGAACCUGCUGAUGUACUUCGAGUCGGACAGUUCCGCCAGACCCUCUGGAGUGGCUCUCUUGGAGGGCAGCUACUGCGACCGCGCCAUCACACCUGCAAUCAAGGGCCGGGAAGCUGAGAAACAGCACUGUUUCACCAUCACAUACAAGACAGAGGGUCAGCGACAGUACGACCUGCGCAGCGACUCCGAAGCAGAGUGCAAUGCCUGGAUCGACGCCAUCAAGAGGGCCAGCUAUUGCAAAGUUUUGGAACAGAAGGAAGAGUUGGAACAAAAGCAUUUGCAUUUGCUGCAAAUUUUGGACAGCGAGCGCCAGGCAAAGUGGCACUAUGUUCAACAGACAGAAGAACUGGCGGCAGAAGUAAAGAAACUCAAGGAAGAGCUGCAGCAGUUCAAAAAGGAAGUGGCAUCCAACACUAAAGUGGAAGAGGAAACGGAUGAGUUGAAGAAAAUCAAAAAGGUGGCCACAUCUGUGCAGAGUUUCUUCCGCGGCUGGCUAUGCCGCCGGCGGUGGAAGCAGAUCGUGGAGCUGUACAUCCGGUCGCCGCACGCAGAGAGCAUGCGCAAACGGAACUCCAUCGUGUUCUCCAUGGUGGAGUGUGAAGAGGAGUACAACCGACAACUCUCAUGUCUCGUCACCUGCUUCCUGCGGCCGCUGCGGAUGGCGGCCAGUUCAAAGAAACCACCUGUUACUCAUGAAGAUGUCAACUCCAUUUUUCUCAACAGUGAGACACUGCUGUUUCUACACCAGAUAUUCCUGAAGGGCUUGACAGCUCGCUUAGAAAACUGGCCGACGUUAGUUCUGGGGGACCUAUUUGACAUGCUGCUGCCGAUGCUGAGCAUCUACCAGGAGUACGUCAGAAACCAUCACUACAGCCUACAAGUUCUGGCCGAGUAUAAGCAGAAGCAUGAGUUCAACGCCUUGCUAAAACGCUACGAAGAGAAACCGGCCUGCGAGGGCAGGACUCUGGAGACCUUUCUCACCUACCCGAUGCACCAGGCGGCCGUCCUCAGACAGAAGUACGACCCCAUGAUCACACCCCACCGCCACGCUGACCCCGACAAACCUGCCUGUCAGGGCCGCACCUUGGAUACUUUCCUUACCUAUCCUAUGCAUCAGAUCCCGCGCUACAUCAUCACACUACAUGAGUUGCUGGCCCACACGCCUCAUGACCAUGUUAUGCAUGACGAGGUGAGCGAGACUGAGAAUAUCCGCAAGAACUUGGCUAUCGAGCGCAUGAUCGUCGAGGGCUGCGACAUCUUGCUGGAUGUAAACCAGACCUUCGUCAGGCAAGGACCUCUGCUGCAGGUGGUAAAUGAAAAAAAUCGUUCUGCACGUGGACGGCUAGGCUCAUUCAGCUCUUCCUUCAAAGACAAAAAGGAGAUAGUGCGACAAGUGUUUCUGUUCACCAAUCAUAUACUGCUUACCACCCGUGCCUCCAACGGUCGGCUACAUCUUGCAAAGCAUUAUGGAAAAAUAACCCUCCUGGAUUGUACGCUAGUGGAAGACCCUAAUUCAGACAUCUUUAACUUCGAUGAGGACACAUCUUCAGUGGACUCAAACCUUAGCCUCAACAGUCAAAAUUCAGCAGCCAAUCUACUGCCUGGCACCACAGGCAGUGACCGGGAAUGUAAAGUGGAUUACAAUGGCCUUGACUUUCGUUUGAUUGUGGACUCGAAGAGUGGUCCACCCAUCACCAUUACACUUGUGGCAUCAACGCUGCAUGAAAAGGCUGCAUGGUGCAGUGACAUCAGUCAGUGUAUUGAGAACCUGCACUAUAGCGACCUUCUCAACAGCUCCAUGAGUGAGUCGUCUUCAGUGACUAUGCCCCAAUCUGUCAGGUCUGACCCAAAGUUGUUCAGAGACGAUGUAGACAUCAAGUUCAGCCGCACUCUUAACUCAUGCAAAGUGCCUCAGAUCAGGCAUGCCAGUGUGGACAGAUUGUUGGAUCGCCUGACAGAUUUGCGUUUCUUAAGCAUCGACUUCCUAAAUACAUUCCUGCUGACAUAUCGUGUCUUCACAACUGGCCACACUCUCCUGCAGGCACUAAAGAAAGUAUACAAGAGUCACGACGCAGCUCUUCUGGAGUGUGGCAACUUGCCUCGACCAUCAAUAUCUGAGGGAGAGUCAGGGAGCCCCCCUCACACAGAAUUCACUGGAGAACCUCCAGAGGUGGAUGCUCGAUACGUGAUCAAACCACAUGCUGAAAAAUUACGACGUAUCUCAACUGGCUGCAUGAAGUUAGAGGACGAAGGAGGCUCCCUUGCAACGGAGCAGUCCCUCUCAGCUGCCACAGCAUCAGCCACAAUCACUUCUCGAAUCGAGCGUGGAGAAUCAGCAGACAGUGAUGACAGCCGGUCAGAGCUGACAACCUACCUGCAGCCUCCCAAAGUCAAGCUUGCACCUAUUGCAUCUUGUGAAACAUUAUAUGACCAUGACACACCAGAGGUACCUGCCAUCACCAUGGAAGACGAAUCAAGACAAAUGCUUCUCGAUUAUGAGAUUGGGGAUUCUUGUGUGGAUACUUAUGAUAGCUCCGAUGAAGGCAAGCUUUUGGUGCCCAACUUUUCAGGCCACACAUCUGCAUCUGCAGAGACACUUGUGGCACCUUCUAGCCCCCACAUGAGUUCUGCUAUGAGUUCCGACACACUGACACCUGGCACACCAAGGUCAAGCCCUUUGACCUCCCCUAGUUCAUCGCCAAAGAAGCUUAUUAUGAGUAAACUGAAUGGUAGUGGUAGUCCCAUGAGAUCAGGUACACCCAGCAAAGUUGCAGAAACUUCCUCCACAUUAGAUGCUCUAGCCUUGUCACCAACAUCGAGUCCAAUCCGGAUUAUAAAGCCAAGACCUAUGUCAAGUCCAGUUCGAAUCCCGUCCCCUCUUAAACCAAGCACAUCGCCAAAGCGUGCUUCAUCUCCAGGUAGAAUAAUCACAUCACCUGCACGGUCACCUGUAUCCAGCCCCAAGACGCUACGACGUGCUCCAUCUCCUAUUAGCUACAGCUACAGCUCUCCAAACAUAAUGGCUCCCCAAAUCAAAAUGCGACCAUUCUCUGGACGUCGAGGAAGCGUGGAAGCAGAAUCAAUCACAAUGUCAACACCACGUAGCAGUUUCGCUCAAAUUGACGGUUCUCCUCCUACUCGUGCUAAAGCUGGCACCGUUGUUACGUCCUCAAGAGCAUCCAAGCGAAGAUCAAGCUCAUCAGCUGCCACUACAGCAUUUGCAGCUGCCACAGCCGGGCUGGCCAGCUGCACCUCUGAACAGCCUAAAGAGAGGACUCGCUACCUGAGUGUCUGUCCAGGGGCAUUAGAUCUUCGUCCAAUGAAAAAGCGAGAGUCUGUGAUAAGCACAGCAGCAACCAUGCGCGUGCUGAAUGUGUUGAAGCACUGGGUCUCAAAACACCAACAGCUGAUUCCUGACCUUGUACUCAAAGCUCCCCAGCAAGGUAGUCAUGUGAACAGUAGUUCCAGACUUCCCACUCAUGUUCAGAUUGGUUCAGCCUCAACUAUGAGGGCCAUUAAUAUAUUGAAAAACUGGAUUUUGAACAAGUGGGAGGACUUUGAGUCUGAUGCAGCACUCCGGAGUGCAGUUACAGACUUUCUAGAGGAAAUGGUGUGCAACACUAGCCUUCUGCCCACAGAGCAUAAAGCAGCUGCUUCGAUACUCCGCACCAUCUUGCGUGACACUACACCUGAAAAACCAGUUGAUCUUGAGAAGCUUCUUACACCUACACAGGUUCUACAGUUAAAGUACCAUCCUAAAGACAACUUUGACACAUUAUCUGCGCUUGAUAUAGCAGAGCAGCUGACGUAUCUUGACCAUCAGAUAUUCAUUGCAAUCCGCAGCGAGGAGCUGUUGGGUCAAGCCUGGAUGAAGCCAGACAAGGGAAACAAGGCACCACAUGUAUUGUUAGUCAGCAAACGCUUUAAUGAGGUUAGUCGACUUGUGGUCUCAGAGAUCGUUAGCCGAGGUAACAUGCAAGAUCGUGUGGCUUGUAUUGAGAAAUGGGCAGCCAUAGCUGACAUCUGCCGCUGUAUGCACAACUACAAUGGGGUGUUACAGAUUUGUGCAGCAUUUGUAAACAGCUCGGUGUAUCGCCUUAAGAAAACCUGGGAGAAACUGUCAAAACAGACCAAGCAGAUGAUUGAAAGGUUGCAGACAUUAGUGUCAUCAGAGGGACGUUUCAAGAAUAUGCGAGAUGCUCUUCACAGAUGUGAUCCUCCCUGCAUUCCUUACCUGGGAAUGUACCUGACUGACCUGUCUUUCAUUGAAGAAGGCACACCUAACUUCACUGAGGAUGGCUUGGUGACCAGUUACCUUCUAGAUCCAACUCGCCUCUUUGAUGAGGAACAAACAUAUAAAGCUUCCCUGGACAUAGAGCCUAAACAGUCUCGAUUGUCCAUGACCUCUGCCCCAUCUUGA